AUGACAUCCUUCACACCGCUCCUACUGGCCUUCACGCUCCCGCCGCUUCGGCUGCGCCCACACCUCGCAUCGUCACGGCUAGCGCGCCUCACCAUGGCGGACGAGCGCGGCGUCGCGACCGAUUCGACAAAGCGCAGCGGCUUCCGCUUCUCCAGCGGCGGCGCCAGCAGCGACGGCCUCGGUGACAGCAAGCCCAGCAGCCCGUACCUGCCCAUCUCGGAGGGCUACCUCGACGGCGACAAGCCCGACGCAGCCUGGGCCCUCGCCGCCACCAACUUCGUCAAGCAGGGUCGCACCAUCCUCUCACAGAUCGGAGAGACG